AAUUGACUUAUUUGUACAAAAUAUGCAUUUAUUAUUGUGCGUAUAUUGUUUACACUUUUAAUUUUUUAUUUUCGUUAUUAUUACAUCAUAAAGUAUGGCAUUAAAUGGAUUUUUAGACUUUUUCCAGAAAGGAAAGACAUUCAGACCUAAAAAAAAAUUUGCUCAUGGAACAAUACGUUAUAGUCUAUACAAACAAGCUCAAGCUAGCUUAAAUUCUGGAAUAAAUCUAAGAUCUGCUGUGAAACUUCCUCAAGGGGAAGACCUUAAUGAUUGGAUAGCAGUUCAUGUUGUGGAUUUCUUCAAUCGUAUUAAUCUCAUAUAUGGUACCAUAUGUGAAUUUUGUACGGAACAAACUUGUCCUACAAUGUCAGGAGGGCCUAGAUUCGAAUAUCUUUGGGCAGAUGGUGAUAAAUUUAAGAAGCCCACACCUCUUCCGGCCAAGGAAUAUAUAAGUCAUCUCAUGGACUGGAUUGAAAUGCAAAUAAAUAACCAAGAUUUAUUUCCUUGUACCAGUGAUAGACCGUUUCCAAAAAAUUUCUCAAAUUUAUGUAGCAAAAUUUUGGCCAGAUUACAUAGAGUUUUUGUACAUGUUUAUAUACAUCAUUUUCAAAAUAUUGUAACAAUAGCAGCAGUGAGUAUAACUAAAAAUUUAUCAUUUUUAAAAGGUAUUAAUCUAUUUGCUUCAUGUGGUAUGAUACAUGAACAUUAUUUUGAAACACUAAGCCACAAUAAAGACUUGAUAAUCUCUCUGACUUCAUUAUAAAAACAGCAAAAAUUAAAACCAAAAUAUAAAAGAAAGAAAUUAAACAUAAGAAAAACGUUAAUGACGUCAAAAUCAUCCCCAAGAAAUUAGAUUUUCAUUUCUUUUCACUUUCUGCGAAUACUUAUAUUCCAUUCUUGAUUUUUCCUUCCAUGUCCCCUAUCUUCCUUAUUUGAUCCAAACACUUUCUUCUUGGUCUACCUGCUAAUCUUUAUUUCUAUCCAGGUUUUUUCUUUUCACUUCCCUCACCUCCUUUAUUUGAUAUAACCACUUUCUUCUUGAUCUACUUCUCUCUGUAUUACAUCCUGCUUUCUUCACUUCUAUUUUUUUCUCUGUUUCCAUUAUGGGAAAUUUAUCUAUCCCAAAUUGUUUCUAGAUUUACAUACAUCUUUACUCUUUUCAUUUACAGUUUUAGUGUUGUUCCCUGUUAUUGUCAUAUUUUCUGUUUCAUUUAUAAAAUAUUUACUAUGAAUAUUAUAUUAUCUGCAUGAUUUUUUUCUUUCUACUACUUCAAAAACUGGUCUUAUAUUCCCCGUAAUUGGAGAGUAGUAUUAAUAUCCAACUUUUGCAUCAAUUUAUAUUGUUAUUAAUUAAUAAUAUUGUUUGUAUUUUUCAGGAAGCGCACGUAAACACAUGCUACAAACACUUUUAUUAUUUUGUAACUGAAUUUGAAUUAGUAAAUAGGAAGGAACUUGAACCAUUAAGUGAGAUGGCUAUGAAGAUUUGUAAGGACCUACCAGUUUAAACCCAUAAUUAAUCGUGAUAACUAAUUAACUUAUUAUUCAAUUUCAAUGCUCAAAAAAUGUGUACUACUACGAAUUUAACAAUAUAUUCAAGCAUUCUUUCCAAAGGAAAUAUGGUUUCCAAGUUAUGGACUCAUUACUUCCAUGGCAAUAGAGAUGAAUCCAUGAUCUGAGAUCAUAAGUCAGGAAUCUACAUAAUUCUCUUAUUAAUUGUAAGAGAAAGUCACAUGAACAAAAAAAUGAGAUUAAUUAUUUGUAUUAUUUAAAUAGUUUCAAAAACUUUGAAAAUGAGAACAAAAAUUUUCUUUCUACUCAAUUCGAAAUAGAAAGCUUUAGAAGUACUUUUUCACUUUUAUGUAUUAAAUUAAUUAUUCAUUUCCCUGUAUAAUUUUUAUUUUUAAAACAAGCAAAAAUAUGUUGAAUAAUUUUUAAUUUAAUGUUUGUUCGUUUUGUUUAAUUGUUAUGUAUAUUUAAGGCAAUAAAAUUGAUUUAAAGGC